AUGUUUAUUGUUUCGUAUGUUGCUUGUACAACUGAACAAGAACUUAUACGAAAAUUAUUACAAUAUUAUGAACCAUCAGUACGGCCAGUACUACAAGCUCAAGCAGUAGUUAAUGUUUCAUUUCGAAUGGAAAUUACUCAAUUAUUUGAGCUUGAAGAAAAAACACAAAUAUUAACAACUAAUGUACGUAUUGAACAAAAAUGGUUUGAUGAAAAUCUUGCUUGGAAUCAAACUGAACAUGAUGGUAUACGUGGUAUUCGUUUACCAUCACAUCGUAUAUGGUUACCUGAUAGUUAUAUUUAUAAUGCUGCAUUUGAUCUUUCAACUCAAGCACCAACACAAGGAGUUGUUAAUGGUCCAUAUGUAAUGGUUUAUCAUACAGGUGAAGUUGUUUUUCCUGUAUUAAUGAAAUUACGUACAACAUGUAAAGUAAAUAUUCAAUAUUUUCCAUUUGAUCGACAAAUAUGUGGUUUAAAAUUUGCAUCAUGGAUUUAUGAUAUAUCAUUAAUUACUUAUGAACUUGUUGCAAAUUCAAAUGAUUCAUAUCAAUCUGAAAGUAUAAGAAAUAGUGGUUGGGCUAUACUUGAUGUUAAACAAGGUCUUGUAUCGCGAACAAAAAAUAAUAGAACAUAUUCAGAAUUAGUUUAUGGUGUUCAUAUUCGUCGUCGUCCAUUGUAUUACAUAUUUAAUGUAAUAAUCCCAUGUGCUAUGCUUUCAUGUUUGACAUGUAUGUCAUUUUGGUUGCCAACAUCUUCUGGUGAAAAAGUGACACUUGGCUUAACAUGUUUUGUUGCAUUUUCAGUAUUCAUGCUUAUGGUAGCUGAAAAAGUUCCAGCAACAUCUGAUACAGUACCUAUUAUAGGUAUCUAUUUGACAAUUGUUAUGAGUUUAACAUCAAUUUCGGUUAUCAUGGCUGUUAUUGUUGCUAAUGUAUAUCAGCAGGCUGCUAUGUGUACAUCAGAAAAACAUCGUGCUCCUCAAUGGUUGAUUAAAUUUGCGCUUAUGUAUAUGUCUCCACUACUUCAUAUGCAAGACAAGGUUUUUCGUUUUUUAAAUAAAUGA